AUGGUAUUGCCAAGAUUGUGCCAGACGGCAAGGUCGUCUUUGAUGAGACAGGCCUUUGCAAGAAACAAUAUUGGGCUGACCUCCAGGGUCGCCUCGUACACGACGAACCAGCUGUGGCAGAAACGGUUUGCCUCGACCUCCCAGGCUGCACAGGCGGGGAAAGUCAAAGCGGUCAUCGGUGCUAUUGUCGACGUGCAGUUCGAGCAGGCCAACUUGCCCGCUAUUUUGAACGCUUUGGAGAUCCCACAGCCAAACGGCGGGAAGCUUGUGUUGGAAGUUGCUCAGCAUUUGGGUGAGAGCACCGUGCGGACCAUUGCCAUGGACGGUACCGAGGGGUUGGUCCGUGGUGAGAAAGUGGUAGACACGGGUGCCCCGAUCUCCGUCCCAGUUGGGAGAGAGACUCUGGGCAGAAUCAUCAACGUUAUCGGUGAGCCCAUCGACGAGAGGGGGCCCAUCACUUCGAAGUUGAGGAAACCCAUUCAUGCGGACCCACCUAGCUUUGCUGACCAGUCCACUGCUGCAGAAGUAUUGGAGACCGGUAUCAAAGUCGUCGACUUGCUUGCUCCUUACGCGAGAGGUGGGAAAAUUGGUCUGUUCGGCGGUGCAGGUGUCGGUAAGACUGUGUUCAUCCAGGAACUGAUCAACAACAUCGCAAAGGCCCACGGUGGGUUCUCAGUGUUCACCGGUGUAGGUGAAAGAACCAGAGAGGGUAACGAUCUGUACCGUGAAAUGAGAGAAACGGGUGUCAUCAACUUGGAAGGUGAAUCUAAAGUCGCCCUGGUGUUCGGUCAAAUGAACGAACCUCCAGGAGCCAGAGCUAGAGUCGCCCUAACUGGGUUGACCAUCGCCGAAUACUUCAGAGACGAAGAGGGCCAGGAUGUGCUGCUGUUUAUCGACAACAUUUUCAGAUUCACACAGGCUGGUUCGGAAGUGUCCGCUUUGCUAGGUCGUAUCCCAUCCGCGGUCGGUUACCAGCCAACUUUGGCAACCGAUAUGGGGUUGCUGCAGGAAAGAAUUACCACCACCAAGAAGGGUUCCGUCACCUCGGUGCAGGCAGUCUACGUCCCUGCAGAUGAUUUGACCGAUCCUGCUCCUGCUACAACUUUCGCCCAUUUGGACGCCACUACCGUGUUGUCCAGAGGUAUCUCUGAACUGGGUAUCUACCCAGCCGUGGACCCAUUGGACUCCAACUCCAGAUUGUUGGACGCCGCAGUGGUCGGUCAAGAGCACUACGACGUGGCUGUCAAAGUCCAAGAAACGUUGCAAGCUUACAAAUCGCUACAAGAUAUCAUUGCCAUUUUGGGUAUGGACGAACUGUCCGAACAGGAUAAAUUGACCGUCGAAAGAGCUAGAAAGAUCCAGAGAUUCUUGUCGCAACCGUUCGCUGUCGCUGAAGUGUUCACCGGUAUCCCAGGUAAGUUAGUCAGAUUAAAGGACACAAUUUCCUCCUUCAAAGCCGUCUUGGAAGGUAAAUACGACGACAUCCCAGAAAACGCCUUCUACAUGGUUGGAGGUAUCGAAGAUGUCGUGGCCAAGGCUGAGAAAUUGGCAGCCGAAGCUAAAUGA